GCUCAGUCCUCUCUGGGCAUUGCUUCUGUGCGGUUCUUGCUCGGCACCCACCUCCCUGUCCGUCAGCCCUAAAAUCUAUCCUGUACUAACGCGCUUAUCCCGAGUGUCGAUCGGAGUUCUGCUCCAGGAAGAAAACGACCCGCGAUCAACAACUCACCGCCACACACAUGAUCACCGACGCCGAAGGAACAAGAAGUCGCCGCCGCCGAUAAGCACGCGACGUCUGCCGCCGCCGCCGCCGCCGACGUGCAUGACCUCGGCCUUCCACUGAGAGCCAUCCGGACAUCCUUCUCUCGAAAAUAGAUUGCCUGCUGAUUCUCUUCACUAAUCGACCCACACUUCGCAACCGCUAAUCACUUAAGAAUUGAACCCAAAACCUACCCCUUCGCCCUGACCCCCGUUUCAAAAGACCAUGGAUAUGGAUAAUAAAAAUUUGAUAAACGAUGACCCAAAUGUCACACUCACAAUUAGGCUUAUUAUGCAAGGAAAGGAAGUGGGCAGUAUCAUAGGUAAAAAAGGCGAAAUAGUCAAAAGGUUUAGAGAAGAGUCGGGUGCCAAAAUAAACAUAUCUGAUGGUUCGUGCCCUGAACGUAUAGUAACAGUAACGGGAUCAACUAACGCGAUUUUUAAAGCUUUCACACUAAUUUGUAAAAAAUUCGAAGAGUGGUGUUCCCAGUUCCAGGACAUAAAUAGUGGAGGUAGCGGAGUGCCCAGGCCUCCGAUAACGUUGCGACUCAUCGUACCUGCAAGCCAAUGUGGAUCGCUGAUCGGGAAAGGAGGCUCCAAAAUCAAAGAAAUUAGGGAAGUGACGGGGGCGUCGAUUCAGGUCGCCUCGGAGAUGUUGCCCAAUUCGACAGAGAGGGCGGUCACUAUUUCGGGAACCGGAGAAGCAAUCACUCAGUGCAUUUAUCACAUCUGUACCGUUAUGCUCGAGUCCCCUCCCAAAGGAGCUACCAUACCCUACCGCCCCAAACCCCAAGUGGGUGGCCCCGUGAUCCUGGCCGGCGGACAAGCCUAUACCAUCCAAGGCAACUACGCCGUUCCUGCCCACACAGAUAUGAGUGCACUUGGUAAAAGUCCUUUAGCAGGACUAGCAGCCUUAGGACUUGGAGGCCUUGCACCGACCAACACUGGUGGACUGAAUCCAGCAGGUAAACUCGAUUCGUUGGCGGCUCUCGCCGGAUCUCAGCUUCGAACGUCGAAUUCGCGAAACCAGCAGAAUUCCAACCAACAGACACACGAGAUGACCGUACCGAAUGAGCUGAUCGGUUGCAUAAUCGGCAAGGGCGGCACGAAGAUCGCCGAAAUAAGACAGAUUUCCGGAGCGAUGAUCCGCAUAUCGAACUGUGAUGACCGUGAGAGUGGCGUUACCGACCGUACGAUCACCAUCUCCGGGAAUCCGGACGCCGUGGCACUGGCGCAGUAUCUCAUCAACAUGAGGAUAUCGAUGGAGACUGCAGGCUUGCCGAUGCCGGGAUACCACUACAUUGCUCCGAACCACAUUGUAAAGGCCCCGAUCCAUUAACUGAACUGGCCCUGGCAUCAAGAGUUCUUGGUGCCACCCACUGAUCCCCAGUCUCAAUGGUAUUUCAGAUAAUACCGUGUAAAUUAGGUCUGAUCUGUGAAAACUACAAAUAUUGACAAUAUUGUCAUUAAAUUAUGAUGGAUACUUUACAAAAAAGAUUGGUAAUGGGGAACAAGCCAAAGAUUCGUUAUUUUUAAUUUUUUACAAUGAUAUAACGUAUUUAUAAUAUAUAUUUAGAUACAAUCAGAAAAUUUACUGUUUACUGUCUGUUAGCGAUUCUAGUUGAAUUUUUUCGGUUGAAGACAUGUUCUGCGAAUUGAUUGGAUUGUUGGGGCGGUCGAACCGCCCGAAUUUUGCUUAUACUUUGCAAGUUAUUACCCUCCUCGUGCUUACUCCUACCAAAGAAUACAUAAAUCGUACCAAAGUUGUCAUUCCUGCAAUAAGUGCCAAAUGUAAAUAGUCAUUGCUUGCAGUGGUUUCUUCGGCGCAGUUCCGACCACGCCCCCUGGAGGCUCCACCCACUCGUUUAUUUUCGGAAUUUGUCGGUAGUUCCCGUUAGAAGCCGCGGAUUUCGAAAAUAACGGUGAGUCGUUUGUACAUUUCGGUUCGUUGUGUAAAUAUGGCGGGACAAUAACUUUCAAGGUAUAUAACGACGUUCUAAUUUGUUGCGUAGUAUUUAUUUCUAGUGUUUUAAGCUUAUUUAUUUAUAUAUACUGAUUUGCUGAGUUCAGGACUGGGGUCGGUCGCCACCUGAGGUAGUCCCAAACCAUAUCAGUCGGCUUAUCACAGGAUGUACAUAUCAGUAUCGAUGGUGGCGCUCAGGCGUCGGUCCCGGUUUUGAUGACAGACUGUUUUUCUAGUUUUAAGAGAUUAGUAGUCGAAUAUCAAAGAGUGAUUUGGGCACUUUGUGAUCUAGUUGAACCGAGUCGGUAUUAAAGGAGAUCGCUGUGCAAUACGAGAUUGUUUGCAUUUUUACAUUGGGCUGUGCAUGUUAUUAAAUCUUAAGUAUUCGUACGUAUUUCUUCCUCGAUAAUAAUAAUAAUAAUAAUAAAAGUAUCGUUGUGCCAAAUUAACUCUUCCCUUUUUGCUCAUACCGAUGCUCACAUCACUCGAACUUCAAACGCAAUACUUUGUACAGGUAUUACUGCAAACAGUCUAUUUGUGGUUAGUGGUAGCUCACUGUGAUCACGUCAUGUAACAAUGCACUGUCGCGAAAUGUUAUACAUACAAUAAAUUAGGGUAAUCCGUAUACUACAAACAAUACUCUUGAAAAAGCUGUACUUACGGUCGAUUUUGAGAAGGCGGGUUCUUGUGUAGAGGCUACCAGAAACGGUCGGUCGAUCGAUUUCGUUUGAUUUGAUCAACGCGGUGGUUUUUCAAAUAGCUGGCUUGUUAUUUAGUAGUAGUGAUAUAUAAUCUAGUCUAUUAUUUACUAACGUUUUUCAUGUUUAUUAUUGAUGUAAUUUUAUUCGAUCUAAACGUUUGACUAUAAUGGGGACAAUCUAUUGUUAUCCCUUUGUGUUACUGAGUGUUCUUAAAAUAGUUGAUGUCGCGCUUCGCGCACCUUGGGCGCAGCCGAAGCGCGAAACCAUAUUGUAAUCAUGUGCCAAAUAAAUGGAUCAAGAAUUUUUCAUAUUCAAGACACAUGUACAAAAUUGUGUUUGUUUGGGAUUUUUGAGAAUAAUGUAAUAAUUACUUUCUAUGAACUCCAUGUUUCAAGUUUUAGACUAGUAGCAACUAUAGUACCUAGUUUUAGCAUUUCAAUAACUGUUUUAUAAUUUGAAUGUGACACUUUAUCAAGACGAUGCUUCAGGUAGUGUUGCAAUAUUCAAUCAUUACGAGGGGGUUACUUAAUACAUGUUGGCUAUCCCCCUGCUGUGUGUAGAAGAGGUGUAGGAUUUAGCAGGGGCCUUAAUGUCGGCUAUGUCAUAGUUGUCGUGUUGUGCAGGCAAUCAACGGUUAGCUUUGUCUGUAGCGUAAUGCUGAUGACAGCACAUUCGGUGCCAAAUGUGGUAGUAGUUCAAAAGUCAAAAACUAACUAAAAUAUUUUCAAGUUUUCUAUUGAACGCGUGACUGAUUAUUCACAUACACCCGAUAUAAUAUAUUAGUCACACUUUCAGCCGGACGCGAGCGCCCGGCCAACCCUGAAUUUAAAAAUCACAAUCAGCUAACGUGAGAUAUCAUUUGUAUAGCCUUUAUUAAAACAGGGUCUUUAUUAUUAAGAGAUUGUAAAACGUAGGUAGUUUAUUGUAAAGAGAAUUUUGUCUUUUUGUCUUUCAGACGACUAAACAAGAAAAACAAAUUGAGCAGUAUUGUUUUUGUGAGAUUAUAUAAUUAGUGUUAAUAAGAUGCCAAAAUUGUUUGAUUCCAUUUUAUACUUUAAAGCGGUUGCCAGCACAGACAAUUCGAAACGUAUUUCUAAAAGAAUACUUAUGAGAAACUCAAUGCAAAUAUAUAACUUUUGUAACGAUAAUUAUUAUUGGCAACAAAUUUCAGGGUAACGUUUCGCUUUAUUCUCCUUUUUUAGUAAUACGUUUAAAUAAUAAAGCUACAGUGUCUCUGUAGGUUAUGUUGUAUACAAAUAUAGUAAAAGAAAUGCAAAAUAGAUUUAUAUGAAAUAUCUACCUAUAUGUAUCGCUAUUUAUAGUGCUUUUUGCUUAUGGAACACAACACGACUUUAUAAUUGUAUUAGCAGUAGUUGGCACGCUGUUACUCAUCAUUAUUUCGGCUCGUUCAGAAAUGUUACCGUAUCUUGGACAUAUCUUUCACUAGGUGGAUUGUAUUGGAUUUAUUGUUGGGCCCCGAAGACCACACAUACGGUCUGGUCUUAAAGGGUUUUUAUUGCUCAAUCUUUCGUCAUCUUCAUAUCAGAUUUGAAAAUGAGUAACAGCUCGAAAUAUUUUGAUAUUGAUUAUAAUGUUUUAUGUAUUAUACGGAACAUUCAUGUAGAUUUUAAAAUUAGGCAAUAAAAUAUUAUGACAUGUGCGAGCCAUAAAAGACAGUUUUAGACAUUGCACAUAUCUAUUGUUCUUUCCAUAUGCAAGAUGUUUAGUAUAUAUACAUAUUUAGAUAAGAUGUUUUAUGUUUGUUUUUUGGUUAAUAAAGUGUGAAUAUUA